AUGGUCUGCAAUGGAACACCUGUUACUGUUUUGCUCGAUACUGGUGCUAGUACAUCUUACAUUUCACCACGCAUUUGCAAGCACAUGACGCAUCACUUGGUCCAAGGACGAGAGGUUGAAACAAACUGGUGGACAUACUAUGGCGAUCAAGUCACUCGUAUCUUUUUGAUCUUUCAAUGGCUGGCAAUACACCCAUCCAUGGAAGGCAAUUGGUUCAAGCAUGUACAACCGAUACCAGAUUGGCGACACGACACCUGGCAGAUCAAACAAGGCAACCACAUCCAUAUCUUGACUCCAAGUCGCAAACGGCAGAUUCCUGAUUUGGCAUAUCUUCUCAAUCGACGAUACGAUGGCACCUUUGAUACUUUGGUUCAUGAAUACGCUGAUGUCUUCCGAAACGAACUACCAGGCUUACCUCCAGAUCGUGAUAUUGAGCAUGUGAUUGAUACUGGUGAUGCUCAACCCAUCAAUCGGCAUCCUUUCAAGAUGAGUCCUCUCGAGCUGGAUGAAUUGCGGCGUCAAUUGGCUGAACUCCAAACCUUGGGAUUGAUUGAACCAAGUAACUCUCCAUGGGGUGCACCAGUUCUGUUUGUCCGCAAGAAAGAUGGUUCAAUGAGACUCUGUAUCGAUUAUCGCGCUCUCAAUGCAGUGACACGUCGCAAUGCCCAUCCCUUACCACGAAUUGAUGAAUGUCUCGAACGUCUUGGUGGUGCACGAUUCUUCUCCAGCAUCGACCUCAAGAGUGGUUACCAUCAAGUACGAAUCCGACCUGAAGAUGUUCCAAAAACGGCCUUCAACACAAGAUACGGUGCAUGGCAAUGGAAAGUGCUCCCUUUUGGAUUGACGAAUGCUCCACCUACUUUCCAAAAGAUGAUGAAUUCAAUCCUUGGUGAUUUCCUCGACAAGUUUGCCCUGGUUUACCUUGACGACAUCCUUAUCUUCAGCCGUACCAAAGAAGACCAUCUCAAGCAUGUUCCGAAUGGUGUUGGAUCGUUUGCGAGCCCCAAGCUAUACGCCAAUCUCAAGAAGUGCGAGUUCAACAAGACUGAAUUGGGUUGUCGGCUUCAAGUGAGUGCUCAAGGUAUCCUGCCAUCAAGUCCAAGGUCAAGGCGAUUCAAGAGUGGCCCACAUUACAAUGUUCAAGAAGUUACGGCAGUUUAUCGGUUUGGCGUCUCAUUAUAG